UACAUUUGCAGGAGGGAGGGAAGUUUUCGGAAUGAAAGCAAUGGGGAAGCCUCUUGGGAGGAAGAACAGUAGUGUAUUAUCGAGGUCGAAUAAUGGGAGCUUCAAGCUCGGAAAAGCUGUCGUGGAGCGUUCUUAUAGCUGCAAGGCAUUCGAUGAGGACACAGCGGUCUUCAUCGACAUGUCCCAAGAACUCAAGGAAGAAGGGAAGAAAUUGUACCAAAGGCAUGACUAUGAGGGCGCAAUGUUAAAAUACGAGAAAGCCAUCAAAUUGCUCCCCAAGAACCAUAUCGAUGUUGCUUUCUUGCGUACUAACUUAGCCUCUUGCUAUAUGCAAAUGGGGAUAGGGGAGUACCCGAAAGCAAUAAACGAGUGCAAUUUAGCUCUCGAAGUUACUCCCAAGUAUAGCAAAGCUUUGCUGAAGAGGGCAAAGUGCUACGACUCUUUGAAUAGGCUGGAUUUAGCGUUGAGGGAUGUGAACCAUGUUUUGAGUAUCGAGCCUAAUAAUUUGACUGCAUUGGAGGUCUCCGAGCAAAUCAAGAAGGAAAUGGAGGAAAAAGGUCUAGUGCUUGAAGAUAAAGAAAUUGUUCAGGCUCCCGACUUUGUUGAGCCUCCAGACACUUCUUCGGCUAGCAAGGUAAGGGAUAAAGUGAAAAAGAAGAAGACUCAUCAUAAACACGAUAAGAAGAAAGUCGAGGAUAAUGUUGAAUCGAAGGAUAACGUUGAAGCGAAAAAGGUUGAGGAGGAGGAAGAAAAGAAGGCUGAAGAUAAGGUGGUGGUAGAUGAGAAAAUAAGCAUUAAGGAAGAAAAAACGGUGAUGAAGACUGUGAAGAUAGUUCUCGAGGAGGAUAUAAGAUGGGCACAAUUACCCGUUAACUGCAGUAUCGGGCUGGUAAGGGAUGCAGUUCUGAAACGAUUUCCAAAUAUGGGAGGUAUACUUAUAAAGUAUAAGGAUCAAGAAGGCGACUUGGUUACAAUCACAACAACUGCUGAGCUUAGGAUGGCCGAGGCAUCUCUCGAUCCAAAUAGUUCGUUAAAGCUGUUCAUCAAAGAAGUUAGCCAGGAUAGAGAGCCGGUUUAUGAAUGGAGCGAAGAGGAAAAACUGCAUACAAAAAAGCAGAAAAUAGCUAAAGUUACCGAGGAAGGUAUCUUGGAAAAAGCCAGAGUAGUGGCGAGGGGGCCAAUUUGUGUCGAGGACUGGAUAGUACAGUUUGCACAGCUUUUCAAGAAUCACGUUGGUUUCGAAUGUGAUUCGUAUUUGGAUAUCCAUGAGAUCGGGAUGAAGCUAUACUCGGAAGCCAUGGAGGAUACCGUUACAGGUGAAAACGCCCAAGAGCUUUUCGAAAUUGCCACAGCAAAGUUCCAAGAAAUGGCAGCUUUAGCCUUGUUUAAUUGGGGAAAUGUUCACAUGUCUAAGGCAAGGAAGCGAGUAUACCUUACAGAAGACGGUUCAAAGGGUUCAAUCUUGGAACAGGUUAAAUCUGCAUAUGACUGGGCACAAAACGAAUAUGCAAUGGCGGGUAAAAGGUAUGAAGAAGCUGUAAAACUCAAGCCAGACUUCUACGAAGGGCUUCUUGCACUCGGACAACUACAACUCGAACAAGCAAAACUACGCUGGUAUUACGUGAUCGGGAGCGGGAACAAAGUCGAUUUAGAGACCGCCCCAUCCACCGAGGUCUUGGAUAUGUAUAACAAGGCCGAGGACAACAUGGAGAGAGGGCUGCAGAUGUGGGAGGAGAUGGAAGAACAGCGUCUCAAUGGACUUUCCAAACACGAAGAACAUAAAUCUCUGUUGCGUAAAAUGGGGUUGGAUGGACUACUUAAAGAUGUCAUACCCGACGAAGCUGAAGAGCAAGCCUCAAACAUGAGGUCUCAGAUUUACCUCUUAUGGGGUGCCUUACUCUACGAGCGUUCCGUUAUGGAGUAUAAAUUGGGUUUACCAACAUGGGAGGAGUGCUUAGAGGUUGCAGUCGAAAAGUUUGAACUCGCUGGAGCAUCUCAAACCGAUAUAGCUGUCAUGAUAAAGAACCAUAACUCUAAUGAUACGGCUUUGGAAGGGUUCAAGAUUGACGAGAUUGUACAAGCAUGGAAUGAAAUGUAUGAUAGUAAUAGGUGGCGGACUGGUACCCCUGCUUUCCGCCUAGAACCAUUGUUUCGUCGGCAGAUUCCUCAACUGCAUACUGUGCUGGAGAAUCUUUAAGUUAUCACCAUCGAGAUCGAUAUUUCAUUGGGGCAUAGGAUAUUGGUACACCUUCAUUUACUGCAGUGUGUGCUUGCCAGUUAUAAUAGGUAUAGUACAUUUCUCACUAU